AUGGUUAUUGAACACCAAGCCAUAUCUCAAGAAGAACAAAGAAAGCUAAUAGAACCUUAUCAACUAUCUGUUGAAGAACAUAUUGCAGACAAGGAUCAGGAAUCUUUAAUGAAAUCUUUUAGUUCUUUUGUCGAUAAAAGCACACAUCCAACAAAUGAAUCUGUUACUGAAACUGGUUGUAUUCAUGCUCCAUGCUCAAGGGCCCCACGUCACUGGUAUCGUCAUAAAUUAAGUAAUUGGGUCUAUAAACAUGUUGCUGUACCUACUGGUUUCAAGUUGGCUGUAGAAAAAAAAUUUGGUAAUUUUAUUGUCAUACGUGAGACAGGUCAAUUACACUAUGAAGAAAUGCCGAUUUAUACACGUAUCGGUAUGCAUAUACUCUUCAAUAACUAUUAUGCAGAUAGUGUGGCGGAUACAACGUUAAUGCAUUCACUUUUCGCCAAAGAAACUAUACGUCAAGGACAUUACUUUGACCAACCAGAGUCAGUUAAAUCUAUUCCUAGCUUUGUACACCAUUAUUGUAUAGAUAUGGAUAAUUACGCAAUUUCUGACUUGAAUAAAUAUAAAACCUUUAACGAAUUCUUUACAAGAGCUAUCUUGCCUUCAAAGAGACCUAUAGCAGAUCCAAAUGAUGAUAAUGUUAUUGUUUCAUCAGCAGAUUGUCGGUUAAAUGUCUUUGAUUCUAUAGAUGCUGCAACUACCUUUUGGAUUAAAGGAAAAGAAUUUUCAUUAUCAAAUCUUUUACAAGAUCAAUCUUUAGCGAAAAAGUUAGAAGGUGGAUCUCUAGCUAUCUUUCGUCUUGCACCACAGGAUUAUCAUCGUUUUCAUAUUCCCACAAAGGGAGAAAUAAAGUCUAUUCAAUCUAUUUCUGGAACUUAUUAUACAGGUAAACAGAAUAAUAAUAUAAAUCCAGCAACAGAGAGAGAAUAUAUCCUUGGUUAUUUAUUUAAUAAUAUGAUGGAUGUAGUGAAUCCCUGUGUGGUUACAGCAGAUAUCAAUGUGUUUACUGAAAAUCAUCGAAAUAGAAUCAUAAUUGAAAGUCAUCAUGGAUUCGAAUAUGUAUUAGUCUCUAUCGGUGCUCUCUUGGUUGGUUCUAUUGUGCUUACAAAUGCAAAAGAAGGGGAAAGAUUAGAAAAAGGUCAAGAGAUGGGUUACUUUCAAUAUGGUGGUUCAACUGUUAUAACCAUUUUCCCUAAAGAUACAGUAACUUGGGAUAAAGAUUUGUUAAAAAACUCUCAACGAUCUCUAGAAACAUUAGUGAUGAUAGGAGAACAAAUUGGUGUCUAUAAUAAUAUUUAA